CCGUUGUUAACGACACUGUGGUUCAGAAGAUACGAGCGUCAAUUUCAACAGCAGCAUCAUAACUACCCUGUAAAGCAGUCACCAUGAAAUUGUCUGCAUUGUUGUUAAUCGCUAUGGCCACGGUGGUAGCAGAGCGGUGGGUUGUUGAAGCUAGAAGAUACAAAACUUACAUUUGCGGUCAGCCGGCUGAUAUCGUCUUCGUUAUAGACGGGUCCAGAAGCAUUUGGCCCGUGGAUUUCAAGGAAAGGAUGAUUGGGUUUCUGAAGAGCUUCAUCAAGGAAUUCAAUAUCCAAGACGAUGGAUCGGGAACACGUAUCGGAGCCAUGGUAUUCAGUUCGGACACGCCUUACCAAACCAAAAUAGAGUUCAACUUGAAAGACCACUUUAGUCGCGAAGCACUUAACAAAGCCAUAGAUAAGAUCCAGCAAACCAAGGGGCAGACCAGAACCGAUAUAGCCUUGCAGAUAGUUCGUGAACAAAUGUUCACCAGAGAGAACGGCGCCCGUAUCGGCGAGGUCCCUCAGAUAGCCAUAGUUCUCACCGACGGUAAUUCCGACUUCGAAGAGAAGACGGCGAAGCAAGCAGCGCUGACAAAAGCAAAGGGAAUCAAAGUUUUUGCCAUUGGGAUUGGAAAGGUAUUGUUAGUCCAUUUUUAUCUACCUAAACGCAAUACAUUAUUUUUGUGUAGCUGCACCAGUAGAAUGGAAUAAGUUACCA